AUGAGACUAAAGACGCGAGAGAUAGAGGAGUGGACGCCCUUCAAAAGGCUCUCAGAGGAUCUCCAACAACAGGUUAAGAAAUACCACCGAUACAUAUGGCGUAAAACCAAUGGUGUUGAUGUAGAAAAUUUGUUCAAUAAUCUUCCCAGAGACCUCAGAAUGAACAUAAAGCGCGAACUUUGCUUAGACCUGCUAAAGAAGGUAGAUGAGUUUAAAAAGUUUAAUGAAGCAACGUUGGAUGCACUGUGUGACUGCGUAAAGCCAGCUUUCUACAUUGAACGCACUUACUUUGUCCGAGAGGGAGACACAAUUGAUGAGAUGCUCUUCGUAGUGCACGGCAAACUAUGGAGCUAUGCCAAGGCCAAAACGACAGCCUCAACAAGCAGUGAUAACAGAACCAAAAGGAAUUAUCUGAAAGAUGGAGAGUUCUGUGGAGAAGAACUCGUAGCUUGGGCAAUGGAUGACCCCUCUUCAUCCAAUCUCCCUAUGUCAAAGAGAACCAUUCAAGCACUUACAAAAGUUGAAGCCUUCGCUCUCAUGGCAGAUGACUUGAAAAACGUAUUCAUUAAGUACCAUCUUUCGAGCCCUUCCGAAUUGAACUUGAACCAUCUAAUGAUUCAGGCAGCUCGAGUGAUACAAGAUGCCUGGCGUCAGCAUCAUACUUUAACGAACUCGCGAAGGGCUGCUGGGCAAAUGGAACUCGGCUUGCAAGUUAUGUAAUCAGAUGGAGCUUCAGAACUACUUCAGAACACUAACGACUCUGUCUCAGCAGCAAACAGGGCCUGAGAUCAACAUAUUUGAAUUUCUGUAUUAAUUUGUAUCCUUGAUUUUGUUGCAGUCUUGUAUUAAUUAGGACUACUAAGAUCUUACAAGAAAUGUUUGCAGUUGAUAUUUCCUUUUUGUUUCUUGUUUUGCUAGUGCCAACAGUGGCCAAUAGUCUAAAGGAUCAUCUGUGGCCAUCUGUUUGGAAGAUCACUGGACUUAUCAGUU